ACCACCCCUGACGGUUCCCGCCUUUUCCCCAUUCCCCUCUCCGCCUCAAGCUCCUCGCCAAACCCUAGCCUUCUAGAACCUUCCAACCCAUCCAGGGCUCGGGAUGCGGCAGCUCCGCUGGGCCUCCCAGCCCCUUACCAUGGCCAACACCGAGCCGCGGAUGAUGCUCGGGAACCGCAGGCUCUCCAAAGAUGAUUGGACGGCCAUGCUGAUGGUCCGCGACGCGAUCGAUGGCGACAUCCCCGCCGUGAGGAAGGCUGCGCAGAAGCUGCGGAGGUCGGGGAAAGGCGUGGAGGAGGCGGUGGCGGCGGUCAAGGACCGGCAGUACUCCGGCCGUGGGCCGCUCCACAUGGCGGCGUGGGCCGGGAGGCUCGAGAUGUGCAAGUUUCUGGUCAAGGAUCUCCGCCUCAACGUCGACGCGCCUGGCGACGAGGGUUCAACGCCUCUAUUAUUUGCAAUAUUAGGUUGUGGAUCUACAUCAGUUAUAAGAUUUCUUCUUGAUCAUGGUGCUAAUCCAAACAAAGCGGCUGCAGAAGGGUUUACUGCGCUCCAUCAUGCUACACUGACAGGCACACGUACCGAUGCAGAAGAGGCAGGCGGGAGGAUGUGGGCAGCUAACACCCGAGAUACCUGUGAAAUAGCAGAGUUAUUAUUGUCCAGGGGAGCUUAUGUUGACCCUAUGUGCAUAAGAGGAACACCGUUACACAUUGCUGCUCAAAGUGGAAAUGUGGGAAUGGUUGAAUUGUUGUUGCGGCAUCAGGCAAAUCCUAACAGAGUUGUGUGCUUAUACUAUACACCACUGACACUGACUAUCUUCGCUUCUUCAGUUAAAUGCGCGGAACUACUUAUUAAGGCUGGUGCUGAUGCCAAUGCUGGUAGGCCUUUUCAACCAUUAGUAAUAGCUGCGGCCCAUGGCUUCAUUGACUUCAUCAAUUGUUUGUUGGAAGCUGGCGCGAAUCCAAAUGUUCCUGGUCAAUGUGGUAGAACUCCAGCAGAAAUUGCUGUAGUCGGAGGAUGGAUGGAUUGCGCUGAGAUUCUUUCCCCUCUUACAUCUGCAGGCAUUCAUGAUCCUAUCUUUGGUGAACAUGAUGGAUGGGCUUUGAAAGAGCAAGAGGAUGCUGCAUUAGAGGAAAAUAGCAGAUUUGCUUUGAAAAUGCAAGAGGAUGUCACAUUCGAGCCUAUGGUUUUGAAAAUGCAAGGGGAUGCUGCAUUUGAGGAAAAUGCUUAUGCUUAUGCUUUGGCUCUGUAUACCAAGGCUAUGGAGGCUGACCCUGAUGAUUCAACCUUGUAUGCCAAGAGGAGCCUCUGCUGGCUGCAUUUGAGUGAAGAGGACAAGGCUUUAGAUGAUGCUAAUACCUACAAAGCUAUGGAGAUGGAUCUUUCAAAUUCCUGCUAUGAGCAAGCAGCAGCUCUGGUACUGACCAAGGAGUAUGCACAAGCAUGCCAAGCACUCAUGUCUGGAUUGAAACUGGACUUGAGAAGCGACGAUCUGGAUUGAAAUUGGACUUGACAAGUGAAUGACAGCAGCCGGGUGAAGGAACUUGGCAACCUCUUCUCUUUGCUUGCUUCCCAAUUCCCAUUGCUUGCUUGGAUUGCUCCUGGCAGGCUGUUCUUGUAAUUUGUUUUUCAGAUAUGCUGAGACUGCUUAUAUGUUUUGUCGGUGGUGUAUGUCCCUUGUGCGGGUCA